GUCCUACAUAAAACCCCGCACUGAAGAGGUGUGCAGCAGUGCCGGCCAGACAGGCUUCCAGAGCCAGCUGGAGCCCAGGAAGGAGCUGCUUGGCUCUUGGGAGGGGAGCAGACUUUUCCCUGUGCCUGGGCAGUGUGCUGGAGCUGCGGAGAUGCCAACCAGGCUCGGCAGAAAAAGCGUCACCCACCAGAAAGGCAGGAGGAUUCUGAAGCUCAUUGUAAUGCUGCUUCCAAUCCUUUUUGCUGGUGACUACUUCUGGGGCUGGACACUAUGGGGAAAAGAAGUGUUGCAAGCAGUGUUAGCGGUGCCCGAAGCAGAGCACAAGUCUACCGGGACCUCACUGGUUUCAAUUGACCAGAAAAGGCAGGAGCUAAAGGAGAAGGAAGCCCAUGCGUCUGCUGCAGUGGAACAAUUUGUGCAGGCCGUGAGCAAGGUUCUGGAAGAUAAUCACAUCCAAUGGGAGAAGAGAGAGAACAUUCUGCACUUGACAACGGAUGCAUUUGAAAAGGCGCUUAAAAUCGACACCUGGAUGCCUGACUGGGCCCUGAAAUCCAUAGGUGCCGCAAUUGAUAUGGAGAGGACAUCCAAGAGUUAUGGUGGGGAAGGCAUGAAGAAGGGGUGGAUUUUUCCACUCUUUUCUUUUGCAAAACAUCCAGAGACUAUAUUGCAGCCCAGUAUCUCCCCAGGCGACUGCUGGGCCUUCCGAGGAUCUCAGGGACACGUCGUCAUUCGGUUGCCGGUGAAAAUCUGGCCAACAGCUUUCACCAUCUGGCAUAUCUCCAAGCGAGUCUCUCCUUCCGGGGAAGUCAGCAGCGCCCCAAAAGAGUUUGCUGUCUCUGGAGUGGAUGAGGACAAAGCGGAAACGCUGCUUGGGCUAUUCAUCUACGACGUGGACAGAGUGAUUGCUCAGACCUUCUAUGUGCAGAAGGAGCCUCCCAGAAUGUUCCGCCAUAUCAAAUUGGAGGUGCGAAGCAACUGGGGAAACCCAGAAUACACGUGCAUCUAUCGAGUGCAGGUUCAUGGGCAGACAGAAAAUCCACAAGGAUUUCUUAAAAAAAAGUUUCUUGAACAAGAAUAA